GGACCUAUUUUCAAGUCCCGAGUAAAUCCUUACCAUCUACUUUCAUACAUCUUCAGCCCGAUGCACAAAGUCAUUUAACAUUUUUACUCCCAAUGUGAUAAUGAAUAUACUGGAAUUACAAGUUAACGAUUUAAACUACAUCGCCGAGUCACCCAUUGCUAUCCCAGUUUUCGAUAACAUGAAUGGUCAACAGUCUUCGGAAUCACCCGCGGAUACUGGGGCUCAGAGCGGAAAGAAGAGAAAAAGUAUAACCGGUGAAGGGGAAUCAACAACAAAUGGUAUUUCAAGGGAUAGAGAAGGCGCUCCACAUACAAGAGCAAAGAGAAACAGAUAUAUAUCUAUCGCCUGGUAAGUGGAAUUGGUCAUUUUUGUUGUUCGUCUUUGUGUGAUGUUCUGUCCUGGUGCCUUGAAAGAUGAUUGAAGAAUCACUGCUCCUUGAUGCUUUAACGGAUAUGCGCCCGAGGAAGAAGAGCAUUCCCAACUUCCUGCGGACAUUUUUACAAUCUGGAAUUGAAGAAAUAGGCUUCAGUAAUACUAAUAUACAUUUUAUAGUAAUGAAUGCAAACGAAGAAAGAUUAAAUGUAAUGGAAAUACACCAUGUCAGCGAUGCGGAAAUCUCAACCUCGAAUGUCAAUAUGCUCCGAAUUGUUGUACCAAUGGCUUCAAGGAAUCAGAGGAGUUUCGGCAAAUGAACUCACAGCUAGCCUCAUUACAAGAACAAGUCGAUAAUCUAUACGCGAAUCUCAAUGCCAUGCGCGCGGCUGGUGGUGGAAGCGGUGAUGGCAGCAUACCUUAUGGCACAUCAUCAGAAAGAUCAGUGUCAAUCUCACAACACUCCGGAGCACAGGCGCUCUCCCCCAUGAGUCGAUAUAAACCUGUACCCAGACAUCCUUCAUUUCGUGGACCGACUAGCUCAGCUUUUGGCUUAGACGUGGCAAAAAACACACUUCAUAAUAUGGGAUAUCAGGGAUUGGCAGAUGAAGGAAUCGCUACUCAAGAUCCUACACCAAUGCCAUCACCACCCCCGGCACGGCCAAGGGCAUUGCCAUCCAUUAAUUUUAAUGGGGCUCGAGCUCCAGAUCCGAUGAGAAGUGUAAAUCGUGACGAGAUGAUUCGACUUUGUAGGGUAUACGAAGAAGAAAUGGGUCUGAUGUAUCCUAUAUUGGAUAUUGAAGAAUUGAUUAUUCAUGGAUGCAACCUUUUUGAUUUCAUUGAUGCUGCCGUGAGAAAUGGCCUUGCCACUUCAAACAACAAUCAAGGUAUUAAUGAUAUUAAUUCCUGUAAGUUGAAAGCUGUCAUGGCUAUUUCAAUGAUAGUCGAGGGAUGCGGGCAAAGUGAUUUGGCUUAUCGAUUAUUCGAGAGUGUUAGAGAGGCUGCUGAUCGUGCUUUACAUGAUGAAUUUGUGGAGGUCAAAAAUUUACCUUUCUUGGUCCUUGUGGUGAGUUGAGGGAAUUCUUGUUUAUUGUUGUUUUUGUUGUGUUUUGCAGAUUAUAUUUGUUAAGGUGGUGGAAGAUCAAAGGAAUCAGAAACUCGAGUGAGUUGGUUUGUUAAGUAUGAUGCAAAAUGUCCAAGGAUCAUGAAUCAUCAUUACCAUGUUUGGUCUGGGAAAUCAAGAGAAAGAACACCAGCCUCGGAAAGAACCCAACCUACACAAUGCUGUCUCUGGUUAAAAUUUGCAGAUCCACCAUUGAAUCUUAAGGCCAAUCUGGAUUAUUGUUGAGCGGAUCGUUCAUUAUGGAGAUAUUAGCCUCGAGCCUAGAGUGUGUCGCAGAAUUAUCCCUUCAUGAUUUCGGAUAAGCGAAGGUCCACCAAAACUUCAACGUCAUUGCAGGCGUUGGUCUACAUUCUAAUCCUCCAAGAAUCUUCAACUGGAGACCAGUUUCGAAGAAGAGCACCUUGCAGAAUGGGAAGGAAAAUCAAAAAGAGGUCCCGAGAGAUAUGAUUUGGUCCCCGCGGGCUUCAAUUCCGCUCCUCUGGAAUGCUUUACCUGAAAGCUACACAGCGUGUUCAGCCAAUGACAUUAGACGCCCUUUGGUUUUGUUUGAUUGAGGUCACUUAUUUACGUUCUGUCCUGUUUUGUCUUUACAGAUCUUGUGUAUCCUAAUAAGUCCUUGGUGGGCGAAUCCACGCGCGAGAGCCAUUGUUCGAAGUUUCGGCAUCGAAAAACCUCAAAUGGCUGCUUGGUACCAAUUGUAAUUGUUACCCACGCACCAGCCUACAUGCUUAUGGCAUAUAUCGUCUACUCGUAUCCCCAUCAGUCUUUACCAAAUGAUACAAAGCAAUUUCUUCCCACUCUCCCAAUCCAUUCCUUUGUUUUUGUUGUAUUUACUACAAUUCUACUUGAAAUUCACUCAGGUAUCAUCUUCAUACUAACAAACUCCACAGUCAAUGUUUCAUUUUCAUUGUGACGAAGAAGCAUUAGCUUGGCGUAUAAUUGGGCAAGUCGCGCGUAUGUCAAUUGAGUUAGGUCUCCACAGACGUGAUUCUUUUCUCAGAAUUGUGAUUGAUGACAAAGAACGGAUGGCUAUCACCAAACUUUUCUGGUCAAUCUAUGUACUUGAUCGAAGAUGGAGUUUUGGUACAGGCAUGCCUUUUGCUUUACAAGAUUCAGAUCUUGAUCCUAAUUUACCAGAACCUGUAUGUAAUCCUUUAUCUUCGCUGGUGACUUUACUGAUUUUUUAGGAUGACACCGUCCCUUAUCUACAUGUUAUGAUAGCAUAUUCGAGAAUAGGUUCUAAAGUGUGGCGCUCGAUCUGCUCCUUUUCCCCUACACCUUCGAUGACGAUAAAUACAGAGGAGUUGGAUUAUCUAGAUUACCAAAUUACUCAAUGGCAGAAAACCAUACCACCUCAUUUACAGCUUCCAACAGCCAACUCUCCACGAGCAUCAACUCGGGGAGUUCAUCGGCUUCAAAUACUUCUCUACCUACGUGCCAAUCAAAUGCGUAUCCUCAUUUAUCGACCUGUUCUACAUUCAGCAUCUGCUAUUCAAGAACAUGUUCAACAUGCAUCUACAGUUGUCGAGUUUGCAAAAGAUACCAUUCGCGCUCUCACACAUCUUAAUCAAACCACAGAUAUUUACCGCGCACAACAAGUCUGCUUCAAUUACUUUCUUAUUUCUGCAUUGGCGGUCAUUUUUCUCGCAAGUUGUCAUGCCCCAGUAACUUUUAGCUCAAUUUGUCGCGAUGAAUUUUAUAUGGCACUCGAUCUAGUCAAGGGCUUCUCUAAUAAAUCCUUUGUUUCGAAGCGUCUUUGGAAAACAAUCAAAGGUCUAAAAGAAGUAGCGCCGAAACUCGGGCUGUGCCCAGCAUCAAAUAACAAUCUUACUGUUACAUUAGGAGCGGACGAUGCUCAAAGUACUGCCGCACUUGCGAUGGCUGGGUUGGCAGGUCAUGAAAUCACGGGCCUGGGAGCAGGAUUCGAGACAAAUGGACCCGGAAGUGGACAAGGAAUUGGUACGGGAACAGGAAGCAGUCCGAUGACGGGAAAUCAAAUGAGCUAUGAAAUGACCCACUUAUUUGAAGCGGCUUUAGGAAUUGGAGUUGGGCAAAAUGGGUAUGGAGUUAGUAAUGGGAUUGACGGGACACCGGGAUUGGGAGGAGAAAGUGUGGGAGGUGUUGGCCCUGCAUUUGGGGACGGGGAUGAAUUGUUUAGGCAGUUGAGGGAUUUGUUUUAGGGCUGAAUAUAUAGGUGGUGGCAUAUAUAGGGUCGAUUGUGUAUUAAUUUGCAUUUGCAUUUGGAGCGGAAGCUUGCUAUUGCGAUGGCUGUAGAUAUUAACUGGCCUGGAAAUAUGGUGGAAACUUUGAAUUAUGGAGUAAAAUUGCAGCUUUACUGGUACUACUAAUUUAU